AUGCCCUCCGCCCAGUCCUGGCUCCUGCUGUCCACGCCUCACCCCAGAUCUCAAGCCGCCCUAGUGAGCCAGUUCCUGCUGCUGGUGGCCAUGGUCUUUCCAGCAUUCGUGCCCCCCUCCCCCAAAGACCCGCUCCCCAAGAAGCCUUUGCGGGCCGACCUCCUCUCGGGGGCGAAGGCCCCCGGGAGAGCGAGCAGGUGCAGCUGGCACCAGCGGGGUUGCCCUUCCGGAGGUUGCUCCCCGCGGAGCGACGCGCAGCGCGGGGACAGGCCCGCGGAGCCCAGCUUCCAGACCCGCAGGAGCUGGGAGAGGAGAGCGUGCGCCUGCCAAGGCCCCCAACCCUGGCUCCAUCGCCGGUCCGGGGUGUGCCAGCGGGCCCACCAGGUCAGGCCCUCUUGGCCAGAAGGGACUCCGGCCCCCAGCCGAGGAUCCUGUGACCAGAGGAAAAAGCUCGGAGGCACCCAGAAAGAACACAGCGAGCACUGGGGCACGGAGAGGAGGCGGCCCAAUGCUGGCGGGGGCCUCCAGAGGCCGGCCUCGCGCCCGCUGGGCUCCAGCGCCACCCCUCUGUCCUCCCCAGCCCGCUCUGGGGCUUCACCCCGUGGAACACCCCGAGCUCCUAGUCAACCUUCACAGCCCAAGUCCAAAGGACCCCAGGCUCUGCGUCCCCCGCAGGCCACACCCCCAAGGAAGGACACUGCCCCAGUACCAGGCCCUCCCUCUGCUUCUCCUUUGGCCACACCUCCACCAGGUCCCACUGCACAACAGGCACCGCCUCCCCUCUGUACAGCCCCUCCCCUGGCUGCCUCGCUCCCUCCCUCUCCACCGACCACGCCCCCUCUGGACACGCACCAUCGUCAGGCCCCGCCCCCCACGCCGGCCACGCCCCACUCCCAGGACCUUAACUGUCAUUUGGCCACGCCCCUUCCACUAGUCCCUCCUCCUGCCUCGCUCUCUCUGCAGACCCUCCCUUCUCCACCUGCCACGCCCCCUUUGCAAGCUCCACCCACACACCUGGGUCCAGACUUUCCUGAGGCUUCCGUCUCUCCACUGGCGCCAGCUGCUUUUCUGACUCCAUCCUCUCCCUCGGUUGUACCCGCUUUGCAGAGUGUGCCCUCCACCCAGACUUCUCUGGCUCCGAAUCUCAUCCCUUCCUUGGUCACACCUCCUUUGUCCAGUCCUCUACCAUCCGCCACGCCCCCUGCACGAGCCCCUCUUUCUCCAGCAACAUCCCUGCUGAAUCUGCCGUCUCCAUCGGCCUUUUCUGCUCUGGUCACGACCCCUUCAAGAGCCAGUUCUUCCUUGUCUCCAUCCCCAGCUCAGGCCACGCCUUAUACAGUAGCCACACCUCCCUCGCAGGACCCCCCUACAGCUUCGCCUCCGCAGGGCUCUCCCUCUCCUCUGACCACGCUCACUCUGCAGAGUCCCCUAGUAUCUUCUCCCUCGGCCUCGACGCACCUGCAGUGUCCUCUCACGCCCCCGGCCACGCCCUCUCCCCUGAACCCACCUUCCCAGGCCACGCCCCCUAUGCAGGCCCCGCCCUCUCCGAUGGCCCUGCUCUCUCCGCAGGUGCCAGCUGACUUGAUCACGCCCCCUUUACAGGCCACUCCCUCUCCCCUGACCAUGCCACCCAUACAGACCCUGCCUUCUCUGGCCUCUUCACCUCUGCAGGCCAGUCCCUCUCCAAGGGCCUUGUCCCCUCUGCAGGCUCCACUUUGUGCGGGCCCACCCCCUCUGGAGGCCUCGCCUUCUUUCCUGUCCACACCCCUCGUGCAAACCCAGCCUUCCUUGACCUCGACCCCUCUGCAGGACCCUCCUCUCCCUGCCACCUACCCUUCACCCCUUCCCUCUCCCCCUGCUUCAUGCCCUCCGCAGGGGGACUGGACCGUGGUAGAGGUGGAGACCUUCCACUGA